CAGCAUCAGCACCAGCAGCAUCAGCAGCGGCGGCAUCAGCAGCAGCCAGGAGCUGGACAGAUAGCAGCCGCAGGAGGACGCGGUCCUCAGGCGCUGAGCAUGGAAGAGAGGCUUCACACACCAGCCAGCGAGGCCAGUCUGCCAAGUUGUGUGCUAAGGGGCCACAAACGUAAGCACGAGGAAGCCAAGGAGGAGGAGGAUGAGGAGGAGGAGGUGGAGAAUAAGCAGUCUGCUGACGAGUCCUCCAAAGACUCCAACGAGGAAGAGGAAGGCAGCAGCUCAGAGGCGGACGAGAUGGCCGCCGCCUUGGAGGCAGAGCUCAAUGACUUUAUGUGACGUGGAACCGUCACAGGAAAAGGACAACAACAACAAAAAAAUCAAACUCCAGUCGUCCCAACGAGUGGUACCUAAAAAAUUAUUUUUCUGCUUUGGAAUCGGUGUGUACUUAGGAUGUAUGAGCCAUGAAUGUGUGCUGUAAUAAAAAUGAAUGUCCUGUACAGAAAUUACAUGUUGCUGUGUAAAUAAAGGCUUAGAUUUUUCUAGCAUUGAUAUAUAGCCUUUUUGGCAUAAAACACUUUGAUGUUAAAAUUUUAUUGUAAGACAACAAACUGAAGGAGACAUUGAAAUUUGAUACUUUUCUUUUUUGUUUUACUGUUUUCUAUUUCAAUUUUUAUAUUCAUGAGAAAAAGAGAAAUGAAAUUAUAAAGCGUAAAUUUUGCCGGUCGUAAAUGCCAAAGACUUUGGAAUAGGUUUGCCAAGGUGUGCAGCUAAAUGUUUUACUCUUGACUUCCAGUUUUAUUUUUUUUUUUUGGCCUCCUCAACAGUUUUUUUAGGGUCAUAAAUGCAACCAGCGGAUCUAGACGUAUGAAUGUGUUUCCUCGAGUUGUUUCUUCCUCCUCCGUGUACAUUUGAAGACAUAAUGGUAAGCUAACUAUCUUUUUGUGAUUACCACACCCUUGGUGCAUUGUCACUGUAAAUUGAAUCCAACUAGUAUAUUUUCAUUUUCAUUGAUUGUACAAUGUUGUUCAAUUCAGAAGGAUAAACACUCCUACCAGGCCUCUGCUUAUCCUGAAGCCUUUUUAAGGGUAAGUUCAUCCAAAAAAGAAUAUGAAAUCAUAUUUUAUCACUUACCUUUUGAUAUAUAGAAAUUUUCUACACAUUUUCUAUAAAUGUUUGCAUUUGGUUUAGAGGUACAUACACACCGUUUAUGACUGUUUGCUCAAUUUUGGAAUCCAUUCGCGAUCACUUUCAGGCCGACAUAGGCCAAUUCCAUUUGUGGUGCUCCCAGCAUUAAAAACAAGAGUAACAUCUUUCUCCAAAAUGACCCUCAAUGUUGAUCUGGCUAAUUGAUAAUAAAUGCUAUUAGCUUAUUUUUUUAUAGAAACCAAUUAAUCAACCGAAGGGAUUCUGGAGACAGAUGUGAUUCUUGAAUUUUUCUUAUGUUGUUUUUAAAUGAUGGCAACACCAACAAACAAAAUACCAGUCACAUUCACAGUAUUGGGGUGGCAGCAGAAUCUCAAAGAUCUUGAAACCCAAAACUGUCUGAAUGGCGAGAUAGCACUGGGGGUAAGUGAAAAAAUAUGUUUGUGGUAAUUUGGUUGAACAAACAAGUCUAGAUGUGCGUACGGUACAAAAAUGUUUAAAAUUGCAAUUUUGAUGAUGAAGUAAAACUGAUAAAAGAGAAAGCAGGACUCACCAGCAUAUCAUCCCCUUGGUGUCCUCCACAGACCAGCCAAUACAGUGUGACUGCACUUUACUGACAUCACACAUUACAGGAUUUCUGGGUGUUGAAGACCAACUGCUUCCAUCUCUCAUCAUUUUCGGAGAAAAAAAAAACAGUGUACAGUAUGUUGUACCAAGGUUGCUUACAUUCACUGUUAAUGUUUGGCAUCUGUGUAGAGUCAAACCCAUAGCACUGAGUCUGUUUUUGUCUCAUUCAUUAAAAUAUAUUUCCCCUGCAUUUAGGUUAUAGAAAUAAAAAAAAAAAAAUUGUAAUUACUGUCCUAAGGCAGCAGGGCAGAUGUGUGUUUGGAUCUCUGUCCAGUAAAUGUUUUACCCUUGACUUCUUUUCACUUCAUACCUGACGGACUUCUUUCUACAGUGUCAGUCAUCCCAUUUUGUUUGUGUCAACAGUGUUUCCACCUUGAGUUCCAAUCGAAACAACUGACGUGUAACGUAUUUGUAAAUUUCGUACUUGACCCUGAGAGAAAAGAUACUUUCAUUG